GAAUUGUCAUGGCGAUAAAAAAGUGAACAGACCAAGCAAGAUUUGGUUUUUUUGACAAUCGCAGUUGAGGAAACCUUUUAGUUCAUGAAUGCUAAACAUGUGCUUUUAUUUGCGAAAGAUCAACAUUCAAAUGCGGGAUUAAGGAGAAAUGUAUACUCAAAAUUUGUGAGUCUUUGUUCCUUACAAUGAUAAAUUCGACAUAAUCGGGGGAGCAAUUUCAAUUGUAAUUAAAAUCGAUCAGCCAGGAUAUUUUUGUAUCUAGUACCUUUUUUACCUCACCUGCCACGUUCGCAUUGUUGGAUUACAGCACGUGAAAAAUUACAGGUACCAGUAUCUGAAAUAUUGACUACCAGCCCAAGAGACUUUUUCUACGGUUAACAAACUGUUGGAACUUUUAAAAGGGAUUUUAAAGAUCGCGGCCUUGAGAAAAAAAUUGGAUAUAGUUAAGCAAUUAAGUCAGGGAUAAGAAUGUUAUUUACUUCAACAGUGACGUAACUGUUUGUUUGUUCGGAAAUUACCCUCUUUUGAACUUUAAUAAUAAAAGCUUCAUUUUAAUCGCCAACACUUGCACUCUGUGAUUGAAAAUCAAUGCGAUGGCAUAUUACUUAUACACCCCUCGUAAUACUUCGGAUAUAAAAUCAUUCAGACUUCGAAUUGAGACAGAAGAUCCACUCUUUAAAGGAAAGAAGAAGCUGAAACUGGCCGGGAGGGAAUUGGGGGAUAUUCCAAAUGUAAUAUUUCAACUUCAUGAGCUGGAGAUUCUUGAUCUAAGCCCAGAGAGACAGUCCUGCCUGAAUUUCAAAGUUCUCGCGGUUCCUCGAGGAAUCUCGAAGCUGACAAACCUUAAUGUGCUGAUCCUAGACACCAACGAACUGACGGAACUUCCGGAAGAGAUAUGUCAGUUGGUGAAUUUGGAAAGUAUGGCCCUCAGCAACAACAUGUUGGACCAUCUUCCUGCAGGAUUUGACAACUUAAAGAACUUAAGGAGUCUACAUAUGGCGAAUAACAAGUUCGAAGACUUUCCUAUGGAUUUAUGUCAGUUGGAAAACUUAGAAUUCUUAGACAUGAGUGAUAACAAUCUAACAAUGCUACCUGUGAGUAUCUCAAAUUUGAAGAACCUCCAUACUUUGUUGUUGUUUUUGAACAAUUUGUCUGCUCUCCCGGACAGUAUAUGUGAUAUGACAGAACUGUACUGUCUAUGGAUAGGAAACAAUAACAUUAGUCGUCUGCCACAGAACUUUGGGAACCUGACAAACUUGGACUGGGAUGAGAGGUACACGUCAUCGGUGCUGGAUGGGAAUCCUCUCACAUACCCCCCUCUGGAGAUUUGUCGGCAGGGUAUCCGGGCAAUUGACAAAUUUCUGAGAUCAUCGGACCUUAAUGGUGUCCGGAAGCUGGUCAGCAAUCCCACGUGGGAGAAGUCCGAAGAAGAAGCCGAUUAACUUUAGUGCGCUGCACGCACAUAUACGCAAGUUUGCCAUUAAUCUGAACAGUUUAUUUCUCCUCGCAAUCCUUUGUGCCGCGCCAGGGAUUAUCGAAUUUAUUCGUUUAAUGUCGUAAACACUUUCAAUUAUUUACCAUGCAUGAUUGUGUCAAGUUUUGAUCACUUCUAUUUUCUAUUUGAAAACCACUGUUUACAUAAAUAUUUCAUCGAUUUUAUAUGCUUGUUUCAUAGGUUAUAUCUUUUAUAUUCUUGUCAGAACUUUCUGUGUUCCUUCAAUUUUUAAUUCGUGCAUUAAAAAGAUUAGUGUGUCUGAUAUUUUUUUGUACAUAAAUGUGCGUCAUUCUGGAUACUUUCCUUGUAGUUCUAGAUCGUAUUGUUAGAAAUUUCAAAAAAAGAACUCGUUCCUUUUCAGAACAUUUUAAAAGACGAUAAUUAAGCUAUAGAAUGCAUUUAAUUAUAUAUGUACACUUCCCCUGAUGUUUUCAUAUAUAUACAUGUAAUUGCAGCUAUUUAACAAUGGUCGACGAAAUUGGAUCAGUAUAACCCUGAUUUCAACACACACUUCAUUCAUUCCUGAAUGAAGUUGUUAAAAGUGAACAACUGUAAACCAUUGUAAAGUACAUGUGUACUUUUAAAUAGCUUUAAAAUAUUGCAUUCUUGGUGAAAUAAAUGAUCAUCGGUGUGUUAUACGAGGGUUGAUCCAAAAGUAAUGUCACUGUGUCAAUAUCUUUAAUAUUUUGCGUCAUAUUAUUAAAUAUCAUAUACCAAAAGAUGCAUAAAAAUAAAUCUAAUCAAAAUUGAAAAUUUCAUUUAAUAAUGUUAAAUUGAAUUAAUUUUAUAGACGUUUAAAAUAUUAAACUUUGACUAGUAGCAA